UCCCAUCAUCCUGUCCAUUCCUCCCUCUGUUCGGCCGUAGAAGGAACACCUUUUCUUUUUAAAUAAUAAUAAUAAAUAAUGGCCAGCAGCUUCACAAGAGUCCUCUCCUCCAAGCGGCACGUCGGCAUCUUGUCGUUGGUCGGAGGCUCCGUAGCGGCGGGGUUUCUGCUGCACCGGGAACAUGCCAGCGCCGGAGAGCCUCUCCGCAGGAGGUACCCCGCCAGUGCGGAGUACCCUGACCUGCGCAAACACAACAACUGCAUGGCCAGUAACCUGACACCUGCCAUCUACGCCAAACUGUGCGAUAGGACCACUCCCAACGGUUACACAUUGGACCAGGCCAUUCAGACGGGCGUGGACAACCCUGGGCACCCCUUCAUCAAGACUGUUGGCAUGGUGGCAGGAGAUGAGGAGUCCUAUGAGGUAUUUGCAGAGCUGUUGGAUCCUGUCAUCAAAGAGAGACACAAUGGCUACGACCCUCACACAAUGAAACAUCCCACUGACCUGGACUCCAGCAAGCUUCAGUCAGGCCAGUUCGAUGAACGUUACGUGCUGUCGUCCAGGGUGAGGACAGGUCGCAGUAUCCGGGGGCUGAGCCUUCCCCCUGCCUGCACCAGGGCAGAGCGCAGGGAAGUGGAAAGAGUGGUGGUGGACGCCCUCGCGGGCCUGAAGGGCGACCUGACUGGGAAAUACUACAGUCUCACCCAGAUGACAGAGAAGGAGCAGCAGCAGCUCAUCGAUGACCACUUCUUAUUUGACAAGCCCGUGUCUCCCCUCCUGACGUGUGCAGGCAUGGCUCGUGACUGGCCAGAUGCUCGUGGUAUUUGGCACAACAAUGAGAAGACCUUUUUGAUUUGGAUCAAUGAGGAGGAUCACACCAGAGUUAUCUCCAUGGAGAAGGGAGGCAACAUGAAGAGAGUCUUCGAUAGGUUCUGCAGAGGCCUGAAGGAGGUGGAGCGUCUGAUCCAGGAGAGAGGCUGGGAGUUCAUGUGGAACGAGAGGCUUGGUUACAUCCUCACCUGCCCCUCCAACCUGGGGACAGGACUCAGGGCUGGAGUCCAUGUUAAGCUGCCCCUGCUGAGCAAGGAUCCCCGUUUCAGUAAGAUCCUGGAUAACCUGCGUCUGCAGAAGCGAGGGACCGGUGGUGUGGACACUGCUGCUGUGGGGGGAACGUUUGACAUCUCCAACCUGGACCGCCUGGGACAGUCUGAGGUCCAGUUGGUGCAGACGGUGGUUGAUGGUGUCAACUACCUGAUCGAGUGUGAGAAGAAGCUGGAGAGGGGCCAGGACAUCAAGGUGCCCCCACCCGUCAAGCAGUUCAAGUAGACCCUGAUCCCUCCUCUCUGCACACACACACACACACACUCUGCUCAGUGCUCAUAGUUAUUACAUUGUCUCAUUUACCUCUAUUACUGUCCUAUCUAAUCACCCCUCCCUGCCUCUCUAUAUACUCAGUAAUUUAAUCAAUACGUGUUAGAUGUUACUAAACAAAGUUAGAGCCUCAGAACUCGGCUGUAUUUAGGCUGAAGCUGAACAUUAAAUUUUUACUUUGCUCCAAACUGACAGCUGUGAUUUACGAAGCUGCAGAAAAUGUGAGGUGGGCGGGUGUGAUAAUGGAGGAAAGAUCUCAGUCUCUACUUGGCCAACAAUGAUCUCUGGCUUUUCCCGCCCCAGUCCUGAACCACUCCUGGACUCUCAGUCCCUUCCUGCUGCAUGUCCCGCUCAGCCUAUCUCUGUCCCUCUCUCCUGUUUUCUGGUGCUUGUGUCACUCAUCUAGCUGUGCUAUACUCUCCAUCAUGGAUUGUGUGAACAUUAGUUUCUGUUCAGAGAUUUGAAUGUAGAUGUUCUGACUGAUUUGUGAAAAGACUGCUGUUCACUGGCCGAGUUGGGCUCUGUACUGUAAGCUCCUGAAGCAAUAUCCUUUGAGCUGCAACAGAAUGUCUCUUUUAUUAAAGAAACCAUCUAUUUAACAGAU